AUGAAUCAAUCAACAUCAUUUGGUAGUACCGGUAGUUCAAAUGAUACUUUAUCGAAACUAUCAUCUAUGCCAUCUGUUGGUGACCAAUUCUCUUCAAAGAGUACAAUGGGAAGAGUAGAGGCUGACGAAGUGGCAAUGGGACUGGUUUCAAAGGGAAAACGUGAAGAAGAGUUGAGAGACUACAGAAAGGCAUCUUCAUACUAUGAACAAGCGUGUUCAUACUUUUUAUUGGCAAUCAAGGGUGAACCUGAUAGUAUCAUCAAACAAAGUUUAAAUGACAAGGCAAAGAUCUAUCUUGAAAGAGUCGAGAAAUUAAAACCAUAUGUUCAACAUCAAUUACAACUUGCUGCACAACAACAACAACAACAACAGCAACAACUUGCACAACAACAACAACAACAACAACAAUCAAAUUUCCCAACUUUACCAAAUAUUAAUAAUUUUGGUGGUAAUAUUUCAUAUUGGUGGCAUCAUUUCCAAAUGUAUCAUCUUCUUCAUCUUCAUCAUCUUCAUUAUCUGGAUUCCCAACCAUUGUCAAUAAUAAUAAUAAUCAUAAUCAUCAUUUAUCAACUGGUUCAAUUGGAAAUAUGUUUAGUGGUAUGGGAGGAAUGGGAUUGUGCAAAGUUUAUGGAUGAUGUUAAACGCCAAGAAAGAGAGAUUAGAUCGUUUGUAUGGGCCAUGCGUAAUCAAUUGGAUGUGUUGGAGAGAAAGCUUACAAAAGACUAUUCGAAGCAAUCAACCUAUCUCGAGAGUCGAUUACAAUCAGAUUAUCUACAACUAGAUUAUUUGAAUCGUUUGGUCAAGACUGUCACUGUCAAUCAUGGUUAUGAUAGCAAUUUCGAUGAUAUGCAACAAUUAUUAAAACAAUAUCAAGAUCAACAACAAGGAGCAUCAACAACAACAACCACUACAACUGCUACUACAGCCAAUGUCGCAGAACAAGUUGAAUUAGAUAAUCCAAAACCAUUCUCAUUAAAGGAAAUGAGAUCAGUCAAUGAUUUGAAAGCACGUGUUCAACAAUUCCAAGAGUUUCAAGACUUUUUGUAUAGGAUGGAGUCUAAAGAGUUUGUACCGACAGCUAAAACCAACAGACACUUGGAUCUAGAGAUAGAAAGGGUAUUCAAGGUAUCACAACGUGAUCCAUUUACCAAACUGUCUUUUACAACUACUUCUCCCAACUAUUUGGCACAAUUCAAGGAGAACCUAGACUCACUCUACACACUCGAACAAAAGUUGGUCAAAUCUGAUGAUGAAGAAGAGAAAUCACGUCUCUUUGAAGAGGAUCAAAUAGAGGCACAAGAGACAUUGGCAGUAAUGGCAUCACAACCAUUCAAAGAGAUCUAUCUAAAGAGUAAAGAUGAUAACUCGUCAUUUUGUAUCUUUGACAUUGAAACCAAGACACUACUAGAACACAUCAACUUGGUCUUUAAACAGAAGCGUGAACGUGGACAACUCGUAUCAUUCCAACGUCGUUACAUUUACAUGUUUGGUGGUAGAGGUAAAGGUUCAGAGUCUACUUGGGAACGUUUCAACGUUGAAAAACAGAUAAUCGAUCAGGAUGGUGAAUUGGGUCACGUUCAAGGUGAAUGGAUUGUCACUUGUACAGAUAACCUAAGAUAUAUCUACCUCUUAUCAACUGUCAAUAGAGAUGGGAUGAUUGAAAGGUUCGAUACACAGACAGAGAAAUUUGAAACACUCGGAAAGGUAUUAUACCUUCCAUCGGGUGGUACUACCCAAGGUUUCUCAUUUCUCUAUUAUUUUAAUGGCUCGAUUCUAAUUAAACAUGAAGAUGUCAAAUACAUGGAAUCAUUUGAUUUAAAAACAAAGAAAUCUUCAAUCUAUCAUAAAUCAACUGAUAAACCUUUUAGAUGUUCAAGUCAAGGAGUAUUUGAUGAAAAACAAUAUAUUUAUACGUAUGGAUAUACAAACAAGGUAUUACAAAGAUUUGAUAUUAAUACUAGAAUGGUAGAGACUGUGUAUUCAGAUCCAACAAAUGUUCAUUGUUUCAAUACACAUCCAUUUAUUUAUUGUCAAGCUACCAAUACCAUUUAUUUUGCAACUAGAAAAUCAAUUAGAAGUUAUAACCUAACGACCAACCAAUUUUCAAUGCUCUAUUCAACAACUGAAGAUAAAUUAAGUAUCUAUUGUUGUGGAAUUUAA